AUGACGGACUGUAAACCGCUCGCCACCCCGGCUUCCGUCACGCAACUUGUCAGCCACUCCACUGAUCCUUUUGACAAUCCCACACAGUACCGUCGCAUAGCUGGGGCGCUCCAGUACCUCACUAUUACUCGUCCAGAUCUAUCCUAUAUUGUCAAUCGGCUCUGUCAGUGUAUGCAUACUCCUACCGUUAUAUCAAGGGCACGCUGGACUACGGCUUACGGCUCUCCUCUUCGGCGUCCUCUGACAUUCAUGCCUAUUCCGACUCAGACUGGGCCGACUGCCCCAUUGAUCGGAAGUCCACUAGUGGAAGUUACUUGGGUCGUGUCUUUGCUUCGGGAACUUGGUCUGAGCUCUUCUACUGCACUAACUUUGUGGUGUGGCAACCUGAGAGCCACUUAUCUUUGUGCUAAUCCCGUUUUCCACGCGAGCACCAAACAUGUCGAAGUGGAUUAUCAUUUUGUCCGGGAUAAGGUGUCAUCCGGUGAGCUCCGCGUCAAUUUUGUGUCUACCAAGGAGCAGCUUGCAGAUAUCUUCAUCAAACCGCUUUCGGCUGCGUGCUUCGGUAUUCUUCGUGACAAGCUAAAUGUUGUGGCUCACCAACCUUGUGCUUGA